GUUGAUGUUCCCGCGAAAUUUCGUCGAUUUAGUGAUUUGACAUCUCUGGCGGCCCACGGCCCAGCGACCGAUUAUUGUAGAUCAUCUCAGCUAAACACUCACAACACUUAUCCAGCUAUUAUUGCAAUUAAUAUUACUGAAAUUUAAGGCAUAUCUAUUUCUCUCUUUGCCAGUUGUUGCGACUUUCUUACUCAUUGUCAAUAGCAUUUAAAUCAUGCCAACCCUAAAAGAUUUAUGUGAAGAGCAUUUCGGGUCGCGUGACUUCUAUGAAGUUCUUGGAAUCAAAUCUACAGCUUCAGAGAAAGAAGUCAAAAAUGCUUACCGAAAGAUGUCCCUGAAAAUUCAUCCUGACCGAGUUGAAGAAGCAGAGAAGAAGAUUUGCACUGAGAAGUUCCAGAUACUAGGCAAAAUACACGCAGUCCUAAGCGAUGAAGAAAAGCGCAAGGUGUACAAUAAUUCAGGAGGGGAAGAUGUUGAUUUUGAUUUGAAUGCUGAUUGGCUUGAUUAUUGGCGAUCGAUCUUCAAACCUGUAUCAAAGCAAGACAUUGUUGAUUAUGAGAAGAAAUACAAAGGUUCUGAGGAAGAGCGAGAUGAUUUGAAGGAUGCAUACAACAUGCACAGAGGAGAUAUGAAUGGCAUUAUGGACGCAGUUCCCUUUGCUGAGAUGGAGGAUGAAAAUAGGCUGGUCCAGAUGUUAGAGGAAAUGAUUGAAAAUGAAGAAAUUGAGGAUUAUGAUGCUUUCUCUAAGGAGCCAAAACAAAGAAAGCAAAGAAGGAAGCAGAAGAUGGUGAAGAGGAGGAAGGAAUUUGAAAAGGCUGUCAAGGACAAAGAAGUGCCAGAUGAAGAUUCUCUUGCCAUGGCCAUCCUACAGAGGAAAACGCAGAGAGAAGGGGCAUCCAAUGAUUUCUUUUCGGCUCUUGAAGCCAAGUACUGCAAUGGAGGCAAGGCGAAAAAAAAGGAAACCAGAACUUCUGGGCGUAAAAGGCAAAGAGAUAAUUAAUCAUUAAACUGCAUGCAGCGACGAUAACUUCAAAAUAUUUGCGGUUAAUGAGAUAUUCCUUGAAAAAUUAAUUUAAAUGUGCAUAAUAAUAAGAUCUAAUUUUGUAUCAUUGUUUAAUAGGACAUGAUCGAUGUAUAAAGUUUGCAGACAAUCUGCGUAUUUCAAAUUAUUCAUUUAAUUUUAUUGCGUAAUUGCUUGCCACCUCUUGAGUAUCAGUUUUAGCUUAAUUUUACUUGUCAAUAUCAAUCCAACUAAUGGAGGAAAUCGUUUAACUUCUAUCAGUUCCUCAAGAUUGCUACUAUUUUUAUAAGUAUUGUGUUGGCUCGUAGGAACCUUCAAUGGCAUCUUUUAACUCUAAAUAGUCUGUCUCUUAUUUCUUACAAGGAAAAGAAAAUAUGAGAAUAAGAGAUUUUUAAACUUUGAAUUGUCAGUUACAAACUGCACUGAGAAUGCCUACAGGUGCGAUGUUUGUUUCCUCUAUUAGUUGAAAAUGUUAACUGCUCAAAUUUGUUUCUUAUUUUUAUAUUCUUCCUGAAUAGUUUGUUACAGACAACUUAAAGGGCUUAAAAGGACUUCCUCGUGACAAUGUUUAUAGUGAAUUUCACCCGUCAUUUUUUGUUAUACCUCUGUUUGUUUUUGACUCAUUUUACAA